UAUAUAUUCUAAUGCUGUGCGGAUAUUAGAAGCUUAAGUUAAAAUAUGGUCCCCAGUUUUAUUGGUUUUUGAGUGCUUCAAUCUUAACCUUGUUACCUUCUUCGAGCUUGUGGGAAACUCUCCAUGGCCCUUUCUUAUGCUCUUUGGUCUCCUUUAUAAUUAGAGCCAUGCCUCGAAUUGGGUUCUGUUCAAUAGCAUUAACAGCUAGAAUUUCCUUCCCUACAUAGGAAUUGAAAUUCUGGGUAUUAGAAAAAAGAAUCAGAGUUUCUUCUCUAUCGAAUUCCUAGUUCCAGCAGAAUAUUUUGUAAUCAGAUUAGUAUCUUUGUUGGAGAAUUGUGAUAUUACCACUGGUUGUUGCACGGAAAAUCUACCAAUGUAUUUGAACCUAAGUACACAAUGAAACUAGAAUGUGCAGAAGGUGACCUAGCUUUCUUCCAUUCAAAUAUUGGCCUUAUGCCUGAAUCUCAAUCGUUAGAGUUCAAUGGUAAUGAUCAAAACUCCGCUGGAUACAAAUUACAAAACCAGAAAGUGAAGGAAUAUGAGGAUAAAGUCUCUGUUUAUUUAAAGAAGAAUGAACGGGGUUUCGAUCAAUCACCAUAUGACAUGGAGUCAGCAGAUUGUAUGACUACACACGACCUAGAUUUUUCUAAGAGCAUGAUUGAUCUGAAAAAUGAUUAUGAAGCACAGUUAAGGGACUUAGCUGAGCCCCUAUGUCAUUCGUCAAAGGAUAUAGAGUCACUUAUAAAGUUUCCAAAUGAUAUAGAAUCAGUUAAAGGGUUCCCUACUUCAGAAAUUGCUAAUCCUCUGGAAGAAAUGGAUUCUUUUGAGAAUUCAGUGGAUGUCUAUAUGGACAAAACUGUUACAGAAUGUGAAGCAGAACAAGCAGUUAGUUACAAAGAGAGUAAUUACCAUGUUGUCAAGGAUAUCUGUGUUGAUGAAGGAGUACUUACCAAAGACAAGGUCAUGUUUGAGAAUAGUUUCCCUUCUGAGAGUUACAAAAAAGAUGAAAAGCAGAAGGACAACAGUGGAAUCGAUGUACUAAAUCUACCAGCAACAGAGGAAUCUGACCAGGAUUCUGCUAAUCAUGAUCAGCCCAAGGAUUUGAUGCACAAAGAUGAGAAUGUUACUGUAAAACUUUUUGGUAAUGUCCACAAAGAGAUGGUUUUACCUGAAUAUGAGGUUUUGUUCCAAGAGCUAGGCACACGCGAAUUCAUGCCUUCUGAUGACAAUGUUGAACAGGUAUCAGGCGAGCCUGAAUUGAACUCCAAGUCCAAAGAGUCCAUGAAUAUGGUUGAGGAAGCAGUAUUGGCAAGUUCCACAUUGGCAUUAGCAAUUGAUGAAUCAAACAGUGAUAACAUGCUUCCGGAGAAUGGAAGCUGCAGUUCUGAAUUUAAUCCUUCAGCUCCUACAGCUUGUGGCAAAAAGGAAUGUCAACAAGUUGGUAGCUGUAAAUGCGACGAAACUGAAAAUACAUCUAAGGCUGUUGAUGUGAAGUCAGAUGAUGAGGCUGUAACAAGUCAUCUUCGUCACAGCUUAGGCGAGUCAAGUUUCUCCGCUUUAGGCACAGUGUCAAGCCGUAUAAGUUACUCGGGGCCUGUCCCUUAUUCUGGUAGCAUCUCUCUUCGAUCAGAUAGCAGCACUACUAGCACGCGGUCCUUUGCUUUUCCCGUACUGCAAUCUGAAUGGAAUAGCAGCCCAGUCAGAAUGGCAAAAGCUGAUAGAAGCCAUUGCCGCAAGCACCGGGGUUGGAGGCAGGGCCUUCUUUGCUGUAGAUUCUGAUAGGUUAUUCUCUUUUUUUUUUUUUUUUAUGGUUUAAAAUUUAUAGAAAGUAAAGUACAGCCUGCUACCAUAAAGCUCCAGUUAUGUGCAUGUCCAAGUAUAAAUCAUUUAAAUUCUACUUGAGUAUCAUGCAUGUUCAUUCUUAGUUGUUCUCUAGUGUGCAAUAGGUUUAGAAUGCCAUGCCAUUGCUAUUAGUAUGUCUGCAAGCAAAAUCUUUGUUUUUCGCCUUGCUUGCAUCACUGCUUUUUUCCUUUUUCUCCUUACCUAUACUGCUAUACAUGAU